UUCGCAGCCAGGACUCAGCCACCCAUCCUGCUAGCACGAUGACAUUCGUGCCAUCUCUCCAGGUUCUGCUGGUACUCAGCCUCACACCACAGCUGGUGCUUGGGAGUCCCAAGCAGUACUUUCUGAAGCAGAUUUUGGAGCCUCCCCCCUGCAGAUCGAAACCUGAGAACUGUUUGAGCUUCUGCACGUUGCAGGAGGAAUGCCCAGGAGACCUUCAGUGCUGCUCUGCGUACUGUGGCAUCGUCUGCGCAUCCAACAAGUUCCAAGACAACAAAAAGAUCAAGCAAAAGAGACCCAGGAGGCGUUAUGUUGACCACUGA